UUAUUAUUUAUAAUCAGCUAUUGUUGUCAAACAAAAAAUAUAUAAAAAUAAGAGAAAACCCCUUUAAAUUGUCUAAAUCACAAGAUGAAGUUUCGAAAGAUGCUGGCGCUUUGGUCGGUAUUGCUCUAUGCAUCGGUAUGUGUAUUCGGUCCACAAAUGAAUUCAAGGAUGUUUUUUUGGCUACAAUUAACACGUUCCGAAAACUGCACGGCUGUCCCAAGCUCCAUCUAAAUGAAGAUCUAUGCGCAUCAGCUAAUGAGCAUGCCAAACUUCUUUGCCAGAAGGGUUCUUUGGAAAGGUCUGGCGAUAAUCAGACUUCUGAACUCUUAUGCGAUUCAUACAAUCCAUUAGAAUGUGUAGAUGAUUGGCACUACCAAGAAAAGUACUACGACUAUAAGGAGGCUAAAUAUAUUAAAGAGGCUGAAUAUUAUACUCUUAUGAUUUGGAAAAGUUCUAAAGAGUUCGGUCUUGGAAAGUGCUUACAUAUUUCUGGCGUCUUCUUUGUGGUUGUGAAAAUUAUUCCUCGAGGCAAUAUUGAAGGCAUGUUUAUGGAAAAUGUCCCGAAGGAAAUCAGCGCUUCCAGCUCUCCUAUUAAGCCCAUCUCUUACAAACAUGUUUUGCCGCUGUCGAUAAUGUUUCCAGCUCUUGCAUUCAAAUUUCUAUAAGAAAAUAUACGACCUUAAGCUAUAGUAAAGUCAGUCGGUAUCUUCCAGCUGUUGAAACAGUUACGCCUAGUUGUAUGGGUUCAUAUGUUUAUUCGAUUUAAAUUCUACUAUAAAAUGAAAUUAAUAUGA